AUGAACGACGAAGAUGCCAUCCAAAAUAUCCUCAAAAAGAUUGAGCGCGAAAAGGCUCUCCUCAACGCCGCCAAUGCUAUGAGAGCCCAGACAAACAACGAGGCCGUGCGAUCACGACUCGAUUCCCAGAUGCGCGAUGGUCGUCGAAACCUGCAAUUCUUCGAAGAGAAGCUUCGCGAGGCACAGCUGCGUCGGGGUAUGGACAACAUGUCCAUGGGAUCCCCCUCCGGUGACGGUAGACCUCUGAGCGGCGACGUUGAGGAUGCGCCCGCCCCUCCCCCCAAGGAUGCGAAUGCCUGGGCAGAGCGUGGCGGUUAUGGUGCCGGGAGCGCAACGUCGGGCGGCAAUGUCCAGUACAGCCAGAUUGGCGGCCACGCCGACCUGAUGCCUCCCCGCCAUCCUUAUGCCAAUCCAGGCCCCUCUUCCUCCAUCCCUAAGCCGCGCCCCAACUUCACCAAGCUUGAUCUUAUCAAAUAUGAUACCCCCUAUCUCGGCCCUCGUAUUCAGCUCAUGCUGUCGCAGAUUCAGUUCAAGCUCAACGUGGAGGAGCAGUAUCUCAAGGGAAUCGAGAAGAUGGUUCAGCUAUACGGCAUGGAAGGAGAUCGCAAGAGCAAGGCUGAUGCUGCCGCUAGAAGAGUUGAGAGCAAGCAGAAAAUUCUUUUGUUGAAGCAGGCUAUGAAGCGCUACGAGGAGUUGCACAUCGACAUGGAUACAUCUGAUGCCCAGGAUGAUGACUCUAUCAAUAUGCCUAAUCUCCGCAAGCCCCUCUCUGGCCAGCUCACCAUUCGUGUCGGACAAAUCAAGGACGUUGAUCACGCAUCCAUGAGUCGCUUUAGCCGAGGACCCGAGACUUUCAUCGCCGUCAAGGUCGAAGACAACGUCGUCGCCCGCACGAGAGUGACCAGAACCGACAAGUGGGAAGCCGAGUACCAUACUCUUGAAGUCGACAAGGCGAACGAAAUCGAACUUACAGUGUAUGAUAAGCCUGGCGAGCAUGCCAUUCCUAUUGCCAUGCUCUGGGUCAGAAUCUCCGACAUCGCCGAGGAAAUGAGAAGAAAGAGGAUCGAAGCAGAGAUCAACAGCUCUGGGUGGGUGUCGGCCGACCGUAUGGGUGCUCCGCCGGCGCAAUUCCCAAUGAACCCUCAACAGCAGCAGCAGUCAAUGGGUGGUCCUCCCCCCUCUCCUGGCGUUGGAGGACAACAAGGUCAACAAGGACAGCCUCCCAUGGCGAACCCUCCGAUCGCUCAGCAGCCCAUCGACGGCUGGUUCAACCUCGAGCCUGCUGGUCAGAUUCAACUAUCCUUGGGUUUCCUCAAGCAAAACAACGCUCGCCGCCCCGUCAACUUGCAAGGUCUCGGGCGUGUGGGUGCUGUUCGUCAGCGCAAGGAGGAGGUUCACGAGAUGUACGGACACAAGUUUGUCCAACACCAGUUCUACAACAUCAUGCGCUGCGCUCUUUGCGGAGACUUCCUCAAAUAUUCGACAGGCAUGCAGUGCGAGGACUGCAAGUACACUUGCCACACUAAAUGUUACUCUAGCGUUGUCACCAAAUGUAUCAGUAAGAGUAACGCUGAAACUGAUCCGGACGAAGAGAAGAUCAAUCACCGCAUCCCCCACAGAUUCCAGGCCUUCUCAAACAUGACAGCCAACUGGUGUUGCCACUGCGGUUACAUUUUGCCUUUUGGCAAGAAGAACUGCAGGAAAUGUGCGGAAUGUGGCCUCACAGCACACGCGGCAUGCGUACACCUUGUUCCUGACUUCUGUGGAAUGUCAAUGGCCGUGGCGAACCAGAUUUUGGAGGGUAUCAAGUCUACUAGAAUGAUCUCCAAGAAUAAGACUUCCACGUCUUUGAGCGAUCGGACACUGCGGCAGAAGCCGACAAGCCCAACUAGCACUAUCGGCUCUCCUCAUAGUGGAGGUCAGCCGUAUGCUGGAGGGUCACCGGAGGCAACUGAGGCUGCCAAGUUGAUGUACCAACAGCAGCAGCAGCAGUCUCCGCCUGGCCAGCGACCAAUGCACCCUGAUCGCACUUCUUCAAGCACGGCAGCGGCGGCGGCAGCGACGGCGGCGAUGAGCGGAUCAAUGGCUUCACAGCAAAAGCCUCAGUCUCAGGACUACUCAAGUUACGGUGGACGGCCUGGUUACCCGGCUCAGGCAGAGCAACCAGACUCGUAUAACAGCGGCGGACCCAAGUACAACCCGGCAGACUACGCGCAAGUCAACCAGCAAGCUGGAUACGGCCAACAUCCUCAUGCGCAACAGCAACAACAGCAGCGACCUGUUCAGCAGCAGCCGCCGCAGCAGCAACAGCCUCCCCCUCAGCAGUACCAGCAGCCUCCCCAACAGCAAAUGUACCAGCAGUCGCCCGUCUCCUCGCCUAAGCUGCAGGAGCCACCUCAAAUCUCACCCAUUGCAUCAACUGGGGGUGUUCCUAGCUCUGGCGCUGGACGUAAGCCGUUGCCUUCCGCCACCGAUCCUGGAACUGGUCAACGUAUCGGCCUCGACCAUUUCAACUUCCUGGCUGUGCUUGGCAAGGGUAACUUCGGAAAGGUCAUGCUUGCGGAAACGAAGCGAUCCAAGAGGCUUUAUGCUAUCAAGGUGUUGAAGAAGGAGUUCAUCAUUGAGAAUGACGAAGUGGAGAGCAUUCGCUCCGAGAAGAGAGUAUUCCUUAUCGCCAACCGGGAGAGGCACCCAUUCUUGACAAACCUUCACGCAUGUUUCCAGACUGAGACCCGUGUGUACUUCGUUAUGGAGUACAUUAGCGGUGGUGAUCUCAUGCUGCACAUUCAGCGAGGCCAGUUUGGCACUAAGCGAGCGCAGUUCUACGCCGCCGAGGUUUGCUUGGCGCUCAAGUACUUCCACGAGAACGGUGUCAUCUACCGUGAUCUGAAGCUUGACAACAUCCUUUUGACCUUGGACGGACACAUCAAGAUUGCUGAUUACGGUCUUUGCAAGGAAGACAUGUGGUUCGGCUCGACUACUAGCACCUUCUGCGGCACUCCAGAGUUUAUGGCACCCGAGAUCUUACUCGACAAGAAGUACGGCCGUGCCGUUGAUUGGUGGGCAUUUGGUGUCUUGAUAUACCAGAUGCUUCUCCAGCAAUCACCCUUCCGAGGAGAGGACGAGGACGAAAUUUACGAUGCCAUUCUUGCUGACGAGCCUCUGUACCCCAUCCACAUGCCCAGAGACUCCGUAUCGAUCCUUCAGAAGCUCCUGACCAGAGAGCCCGACCAGCGUCUUGGAAGCGGUCCCACGGACGCGCAGGAGAUCAUGAACCAACCGUUCUUUAGGAACAUCAACUGGGAUGAUAUCUACCACAAGCGCGUUGCGCCGCCUUUCAUGCCGCAGAUUAAGAGCGCGACCGAUACCAGCAACUUCGAUUCUGAGUUCACAAGCGUUACACCUGUCCUGACCCCUGUCCAAUCAGUCUUGUCGCAAGCCAUGCAAGAAGAGUUCCGUGGUUUCUCUUACACUGCCGACUUUGACUAG